CGCAGGCGUUCCAGUGAGCGUGGGGGGAGCUGUCGUGCGCCCUGUGGGGGAAGGGAACCUAGGUCGGUGGGCCACAGGGAUCCUGAGGCGCCGAGUCUGGGGGCUGGGAGGGGCUACUGGUUUGGCGUCGAGCUGCGCAGUGCGUAUUUUGUGCUCCAUGGACAAGCCCUUCCGGGAGGCACGCCGAGAAGACAGCGUGGGGCUGAUCCCUACGGGCGGUUCGGCCCCACACCGAGAGGAUCUCAGCAGCAAGAUUAAAGAACAAAAAAUUGUUGUGGAUGAACUUUCUAACCUGAAGAAGAACAGGAAAGUAUAUAGGCAGCAACAGAACAGCAACAUUUUCUUUCUGGCUGACCGAACAGAAAUGCUUUCUGAAAGCAAAAAUAUAUUGGAUGAGCUGAAAAAAGAAUACCAAGAAAUAGAAAACUCAGAGAAGACCAAAAUCAAGAAAUAGUCUACUUGAUUUCACAUAA